UGAUCAGCUGUGCGAGUCUGCGGCUGGUGCUUUAUGCGUCCGCCGUAACUUCAAAAUGCAGGCUCAGGAGACCAGAGAUCAGGAAACCAGCAUGGUUGAGUGAGGAUGAGACUGCCCAGCUCUGUCCUUGUGUCGGUCUCUUUGUUUACGGCCGAGACGACGGCGGCUCUGUAUCUGAGCUCCACGUAUCGCUCCGCAGGCGAUCAGAUUUGGCAGGGUUUCACGCUCCUCUUUACGCUGGUGCCAUCAGUGCUGGUGCAGCUCACACUCAUUUUUAUUCACAGAGACCUGAGCAGAGACAGACCUCUAGUGCUGCUGCUUCAUAUCUUACAACUAGGUCCAAUAAUAAGGUGCCUGGAUGCCUUCUGUAUCUAUGGCAGUGCAGGAAAGGUGGAGGAGCCGUAUGUCACCAUCACCCGUAAAAAGCAGAUGCCCCGCGAAGGACAGACGGAGGAGGUGGAGCAGGAAGUGGGACAGGCAGAGGGGAAGUUAGUGACCCACAGAGCCGCUUUCGCCAGGACCUCUGUCAUACAGGCCUUUCUGGGCUCUGCACCUCAACUCACACUGCAGCUCUACAUCUGUGUGCUCCAGAAAAAACUUUCCAUAGGCCGAGGCACACUGAUGGUCAUCUCUCUUCUCUCCAUUGUAUACGGAGCCUUACGCUGCAAUAUCCUCGCUAUAAAGAUACGCUACGAUGACUAUGAAGUCUCUGUGCGUCCACUGGCGUACAUGUGUGUGUUCCUGUGGCGUGGGUUCGAGAUUGCCACUCGUGUGGUUGUCCUGGUCCUCUUCAGCUCUGUGCUGAAGGUAUGGGUGUUUCCGGUGGUGUCAGCCAACUUCAUCCUCUUUUUUCUUCACCCGUGGGCCCUUUUCUGGAGCAGCCGAUCUCCAUUUCCAGAGAACAUUGAAAAAACAUUGACCCGAGUGGGAACCACCAUCGUCCUCUGCAUGCUGACCUUUCUGUACGCCGGCAUUAACGUGUUCUGCUGGUCCGCCGUACAGCUCAGAUUGGACGACCCGGAUCUGAUCGACAAGGGUCAGGCUUGGAGGAGGUUAGCUGUGUAUUAUUCUCUUCGUUUUGUUGAAAACACAGGCCUGACUUUGAUGUGGUAUAUCCACCAGACUGAGUUCUACAAUUGGGUGGAUGCACCAGUGUUAGAAGUAUUGCUGCUGUUGGGUUAUGGCACAGCGGUGUUCUUCAUGUUGCUCUUUUACCAGUUCUGCCACCCUUGUAGGCAACUGUUCUCCUCCAGUCCGGCGCAGGGCUUCUGGGAAUGUUGCGGAUCUCUCUGUAUGCUCCGUGGGACUCUUUCUCAGCCCGGUUCCAUGAGGAGCAAGCCACCAGGGAAAGAGACCGGCGAUGAUCCGGUCUGUGUUACCAAAGGAGACAUGACACAGAGUCUGUGCGGUGCCGUGUGAGGAAAGCACAACUUCAAAGGGGAGUUCAGCACAAAACAUGGAAAUCAACGUUGAACACCAAAAGAAGAUGUUAUGAAAAAUGUUGGAAACUGUGUGCCAAAAUUGGGAAAAACAAUGGAAAUCAAUGACUACCUGUUUUCAACUUUCUUCAAAAUAUCUUCUUUUGUGUUUGAAACAAGUGAAUGGUGAGAAAAUGAUGACAGUUUUUAUUUAUUUUGGGUGAAUUAACCCUUUUAAAGUAAGGGACACCUAAAAUUAGAACCCAUAAUAUAUUGCUUAAUGAUCAAAAUAUAAAUUAAGAUAUUUUU